CUCCACUCUGUUUCUUUACCGAUUUUUCUCAUUUCUUUUCAAUUUCUCUCAUCAAUCACUAUUAUCUCUGAAAAUGUCGGAUGCGCUUGUUUCCGCUAUCUUGCAGCAGCUAACUACAAUCAUUUAUGAAGAGAUAAAACAAGAGGUGAAACUGGUGACUGGUGUGGGGAAAGAAAUCAAGAGCCUCGAAAGCAAUCUCAAGUCCAUCCACGCUUUGCUUGAUGAUGCUGAGGAAAAGCAGAUGAAGGAUGAAAGCAUCAAGAUUUGGUUAGAACGCCUCAAAGAAGUGUGUUAUGACAUCGAGGACGUGUUGGAUGAGUGGAACACUGCGCCCUUGAAGUUGCAGUUAGAUGAAUCAGAUCAGAAAAACUUCUCUCUUUUCAAAGGAAAGGUGUGUCGUCUCUUCCUUUCAUGUUUUAGUUGUGGUCCAGUUGUUCAUCGCCGUGGCAUUGCUCUUAGAAUAAAGGGCAUCAAUGAAAGACUAGAUGAGAUUGCUAAGGAUAAAGAUAGGUAUCAAUUGAUAUCAAGGGAAGUUAGACAGCCUAGAAGAGUAGAAAGUACUUCUUUUGCUGAGGUGUCAAAGUUACAUGGUCGAGAUGAGGAUAAGAAACGCUUAAUAGACAGUUUGUUGUGUGGUAACAGUGAUGUCAAAACCAUCUCGAUUGUAGGCAUGGGAGGGAUCGGGAAAACAGCUCUUGCUCAACUUGUAUAUAAUGAUGGGGCAGUUAUGGCCCAUUUUGAUAAGAAAAUAUGGGUUUGCGUCUCGAGAGUUUGCGAUUCGAGGAAUGUUGCGAAGGCAAUUAUUAUGGGUCUUGCAGAGCCUGAUCGUGCUUCAGCUUCAGCCCCAAAUCUUGAUUCGUUUACACUGCAAGGUCUUCUGGAAAAAAUUUGCGAAGAUGUUGAGAGGAAGAAGGUUUUUCUUGUUCUGGAUGAUGUGUGGCCCGAUGAAAGUGAAUCUUGGGAAUCAUUUAAUCAAGCUUUCAAACCUGCUGCACCUGGAAGUAGGAUUUUGGUGACCACACGAAAUGAUACAGUCAUGGACACCAUGAAAUCCUCUGAUGUCUUUCGUCUAGAGCAAUUGAGUGAAGAUGUAUGUUGGAGAAUACUCAGCCAGGAAGCGUUUGUGGGAAGGGAUGAUGAGCAAUCAAAAAAUUUAGAGGACAUCGGAAAAAAUAUUGCAAAAAAAUGCGGUGGAUUGCCAUUGGCUGCAAAAACGCUCGGAAGCAUGCUACGUUCCAAGAAAACAAGAGAAGAGUGGACAAAUAUCUUGAACAGUGAGAUAUGGGAAUUAAGUUUGAAAGCUGUUUUUGCACCUUUGUUCUUGAGUUAUUUUGAUUUACCCUCAGCUGUACGACGGUGCUUUUUGUAUUGCUCUACCUUCCGUAAAGGUGUUGAGAUCGAAAGAGAUGUCCUGAUUUAUCAGUGGAUGGCACAAGGUUAUUUAAAUCCUAGUCAGAAUCCUGAGAUGGAAAUUACUGGGGUUGAGUACUUUGAGUGCUUGGCUGCACGGUCUUUCUUUCAAGAUCUUAAAACACAUGAAGAUGGUAGCAUAAGGGCAUGUAAGAUUCAUGACAUAGUACUUGACUUUGCCCGUUUCCUUAUGGGAAAUGAAUUUGUGGUGAAAGAGUUUCAUCCUCAUGACGAUAAUAUGAGAGUAGAGCUUUCUUCAGAGAAAACUCACCAUCUGUUGGUAGUACUGACAGAAAAUGCAUGCUUUCCUACUUCACUUGUUGGUGCAGAAAAAUUGCGAAGCUUAUCCAUCUUCAAGAGUGAUCAUGCAGAAGAAGAUGAAACCGGUAACUUACUUAUUCAACCAGAACAUCUGCGUUCAUUGAUUUGCCGUGGUGGUAAUAUUAAUGAAUUUCCUGAAGAAGUAGGCAAAUUGAUGCAUCUGAAACUGCUUGAUUUGUCUCAUAGUAAGUUAAAAAGACUGCCUGAAGCAAUAUGUGGAUUACUUAAUUUGCAAUCCUUGUUUCUACAAUGGUGUUAUUUUCUGGAGGGAUUGCCGGAUAAGAUAGAGAAAUUGGUCAACUUAAGGUAUCUUGACACAUCUGGUUCUUGUCCUCCAACAAUUUACCAUCCCAAAGGAAUUGGGAGAUUAACUUCUCUUAGAGCGUUGCGAGGGCUUGUGGUUUGCUGUGAUCACAAUGAUAAUAAAAAAUUUAGCUUGGGGGAUUUGGAAAACUUGUGCAACCUUCGUUUUCUGGCAUUGAUAGUUGAAGAUGAUCAGAAUCCUCAGAUUGAUGCUAACGAAGCCAGACGUGCGAAGCUGGAAAGAAAAAUACAUCUCAAGGAAUUAGAGUUACAUGGUCAGUGGCUCCCGGGGAAAAAAGACGAUGCUCUCAAAGUCUUAAGCCCACCUUCACACACAAACGUGACAUUUUCAGAGGAUAUUUGUGGACUAAGAUCGCUACUACGUAUGGAGGAUAUCUUGAAUGCCGUUGUGAACUCUGAGGAAGGAGGGAGGGAAAAUGAGCAAAGGGAAACGAGAUUAGAUGGGAAUCCAAAGUUGAGAAACUUUUUCGAAAGAGAAACACAAAAUGCAGAAGAAUGGAAUGAGGCAUUGAAGACUCCGAGCUAUCCCACGUUAAUGAAAAAUUAUGACCUAAGAUGCUCUUGCAUCUGUUUAUGCUCAUACGUGGAAUGAGAUUUUGUAUGCAUAAUUGUUGAACAGUUGUAAAAAUCUUUGUGUUCUGAACUUUCUUUUUGGAACUUAAGAAUGUAAAAUCAAGAUAUUGAUAAAACAAAGAGUGAGUUUCUUGUACUUCAUUUAUUAAUAAAUAAAUAUUAUUUUU